UUGGCUCACACCUACAUGUUGCUUGAACAGGAAAUGCAAUUUGUACUUCCACCUGCAGACACAGUGCAAGGAAGACUCUUAAAAGCUUUCUUUGUGACGGUGUUUCUAAGUGUGUUGAUGCUCCCACUGCUGAGGACUGUGGGAUUGCGUGUGUUCUCCAUGGCGACUGAGGCAUAUUCUUCUGGUACUCAUUCUGCAGCGUUUGUCACCUGCCCCAAUGACACAGUGGCCAAAGAGCUAGCCAGAGGGAUUGUGGAGAAGAAACUGGCAGCCUGCGUGAACAUUGUACCCAAAAUCACAUCAAUAUAUGAAUGGCAGGGAAAGAUCGAGGAGGACAGCGAAGUUUUACUGAUGAUUAAGACAAGAUCUACAAAGAUAUCUGCUCUUGCUGAAUAUGUCAGGUCCAAUCAUCCGUAUGAAGUGGCAGAAGUCAUCAGCUUACCCAUCGAUCAGGGAAAUCCUCCAUACCUGAAGUGGAUUGGAGACGUCGUACCCGAGUGAAAGAGAAACGUUACAGAAUCCAGUUAACAGGGUUGCUUUCAGGAUGUAUUUGCUGUUGUUUUCUUUUUGUUAAAAAAGAAUUUAAAUGGAGAUGUUUUUUUGGCUGAAAUGUAGUCAAUCAUCCAAGAAAAGAUGUCAAGUUUGAUGACUUAUGGACAAUAACUAGUAACUGAACUGAAUGAAACAAGUCAAAGAAGGCUAUGUCAUCUUAGAAUGUGUGCUGGCUAAUCAACUACAUUUGGAACUAUAAUUUAUAAAACAUUAAAAUUGUCAGUGAAACUUGUACAUCCAUAAUUCAAUCCAAAAUGCUCCAGCAUUUUGACUCAUUUGUAAUUAGUAUUGCAUCAGGCAUUCUGUGAAUGUAAAAAUUAAUUUGAGCCCAACAAAGACAAUGGUUUACUAAGUUCUCAAUUGACUGUGGUUUUGAUAGUUUGAAGAAAUUGAUGAUCAUCAGAAAAAAAUCCAGUUUGAUCCAAUAAAUUGAUUGGUAAAGA